AUGAGUAACCGAGUCCCGAGUCACACGCGUUUCUUGGUUGACAUUGGUGCGCAGCUAAGUGUCAUUGCGCCUACACCAGCUGAUCGUCCGUGCCCCAAAGCCGGCCUUUUCCUUCAGGCCGUCAACACAUCGCCCAUCACCACCUUCAGAACUUGCUCCCUCUUUUGGGACAUCGACCUCCGGCAUCUUUUCCUUUGGGUCUUAGUCGUUGCUGACAUCCCCUGUGCGUUUCUCAGCGCAGACUUCCUCGCCGCUUUCGAUCUUUUGGUCGACUGCCGUCAGUCCCGUUUACACGACAAGACCACCAACCUCACCGUCUGGGGCAUCUCUUCUUCUGACGCUUCCCGUCAACUCGCCGUCCUGGACCCUGAACCCGAGAAUCCACUUCGGCAACUUCCUGCCAAGCACCCCGGCCUCACUCAUCUCAACUUCAGCACUACUAUUCCACCACAAGUUCACCACAUCCAGACCACUGGCCCUCCCAUGUUUCCUCGGCCUCGCCGUCUCGUGCCUGCACGUCUUGCUGCCGCCAAGGCCGAGUUCGAGCACAUGCUUCAGAUGGGCAUCAUCCGUCAGUCCGAAAGUCCACGGGCUUCGCUCCUCCACGUGAUCCCAAAGGCCGCCACUGGUGACUGCCGCCCCCACGGUGAUAACAGGGCCCUGAACAACAUUGCUGUCCCGGACAGCUGUCCUGUCCCGCAUCUUCAGGAUUUCACCGGUGCCCUAUUCAGCAAGUCUGUAUUCUCAAAGACUGACCUGGUCCGUGCUUUCCACUAAACUUUCAUCGCCCCAAGGGACGCUAUGAUGACGGCCUUCAUCACUGCCUUUGGCCUCCGAGUUCCUGCACAUGCGGUUUGGACUUCGUUACGCCUCUCAGACCUUUCAGAGGUUUGUAGACAGAAUGCUUCGCGACCUAUCACCUGCCUACGCCUAUAUCGAUGACCUUUGCUAGUUAGCUCCACCGCCGAAGGGCACAUGGAGCAUCUUACAACGGUGUUUGACCGCCUGCAACAAUUUGGUGUUGUUCUCAACCCGUCAGAGUGCGUUUCGGUGUGCCCUCAGAAUUUAUCGGAUAUCUGGUUGAGUCCAAAGAUAUCCAUCCUCUUCAAUUGAAGGUUGCGGCCAUUCCCUCCUCCCUCCUCCAAACGUCAGCUGCAGCGAUGUUUAAGCAUGGUGAAUCUCUACAGCCGGUCACUCCCGCACUGCGCCGACACCAUCCUGAAGCUCACGAGCCUCCUCCCGGGCGCCAAAGGUGUGUUGGAGCUAUCUGCAGACGCUCUCGCUGCUUUUGAGAACGUGGAGGUUGCCCUGGCCUAUGCCACCCUCCUGACGCAUUUUCCUCUCGAUGCUCCCACCUCCCUCAUGGCUGACGUCUCCACUGUUGUAGAAGGCACGGUUCUCCAACAGCACUUGCAGAUCACACCCAACUCUUAG